UGGAAACCUGAACGGGAGAGAGAGCAGUGUCUUAGAGCAGCCUAGCACCGACUGCACCCGUACACGCUUAUCUCCUGUUGGGACUCAACCAUAAAGACCUCCGGAAGAAAAAAAAACCCAAACUAGGUUUUAUUUCACACCGGGACCAGGAGAGGAUCUGCGUUUUGUGAGAUCAAUCUGUUUCCUCUUUGAUUCACUCUGGCGAUGGCCUUGUGAUGAUGGGGUAAUUGUGUUCUUACAUCAUCUAUUUAACAAACCUGGAACAAGCCCAGGGCAAUACUUCUCCUGAUGUCAGAAGAUUCAGACUCCAAGCCCUAUCGCUUCCCAGUGCUGGAGGAUGAGGAUGGAGCCUCAGGGUGCAGAGUGUCCACCUCAUGCAGCUCCAUGGCACGAGGGGCCUCGGGGUGCAGCUCCAUGGCACAGCUGCACCGGAUGGGUGGCUACAGCCAAGGUGGGCCUGACCUAGGCCUCCCCUCGGAGGGCAGCGACAGCAGCGGGCAGGACCCUUCUGCCUCACCACACAACCAUCGCAAGAACUCCCGCUCCCGGUCGCUCCCCGAAGAGGACGUGGAGAUGAAGAGCAGCGGGUCCAGUGGGAGUGGAACCGAAUCACACGGCAACGAGAGCCACGGCAACGAGAGCCACGGCAACGAGAGCCAUGGCCACGAGUCAAUGGGUAGCUCCAAUGGCACCAGUAAAGACUCUGCACUGCUGGAAUCGUCUGAAAGCAACAAGAGCUCAAACUCCCAUAGUCCGUCUCCUCCCAGCAGCUCAAACGCCUUCAGUCUGCUGAGCUCAGAGCAAGACAACCCAUCAACCAGUGGCUGCAGUAGUCAAGAGUCUGCCAAAGCUAAGACCCAGAAGGAGGUGAUUAAAACACUGAAAGAGCUGAAGCUUCACCUGCCUGCUGAAAAGAAACACAAUAACAAGUCCACCACAUUGAACACCCUCAAGUACGCACUGCGGUGUGUCAAACAAGUGGAAGCCAAUGAGGAGUAUUACCAGCUCUUGAUGAUCAAUGACAGUCAACCUUCAGGCCUGGAUGUGUCCUCUUAUACAAUAGAGGAGAUAGACAGCAUUACGUCUGAAUACACCCUCAAAAACAACGAUAUUUUUGCAGUAGCGGUGUCUCUCAACACAGGAAGGAUAGUCUACAUUUCUGAUCAGGCUGCCUCCAUCCUCAAUUGCAAAAGAGAUGUGUUCAAGGACACCAAGUUUGUGGAGUUCCUGACGCCGCAGGAUGUUAGUGUGUUCUACAGCUUCACAACGCCUUACCGCCUGCCCUCCUGGAGCAUGAGCACUGGAGCAGAGUCAUCCCCCUCUGACUGCAUGCAGGAGAAGUCCUUCUUCUGUCGUAUCAGCGGUGGUAAGGAGAGUGAGGGCGAUCUGCAGUACUAUCCGUUCCGCAUGACUCCCUACCUGAUGAAGGUCCAAGACACAGUACAUGCUGAAGACCAGUUCUGCUGCCUCCUGCUGGCUGAGAGGGUUCACUCUGGUUAUGAUGCACCCAGAAUUCCAACAGACAAACGCAUCUUCACUACCACACACACUCCGAGUUGUGUGUUUCAGGAUGUGGAUGAGAGGGCGGUUCCUCUCCUCGGGUACCUCCCCCAGGACCUGAUUGGCACACCAGUCCUCCUCCACCUGCAUCCCAAUGACCGGCCGAUUAUGUUGGCCAUUCACAGAAAGAUUCUUCAAUAUGCUGGGCAACCAUUUGACCACUCAUCCAUCCGGUUCUGUGCGCGAAAUGGAGAAUACAUCAUUCUUGACACCAGCUGGUCCAGUUUCGUCAACCCCUGGAGCCGCAAGGUCUCCUUCGUUAUCGGGAGACACAAAGUGCGCAUGGCCCCCGUGAAUGAGGAUGUUUUUGUGGCCCCUGUCUCUACUGUCGGCAAGAUGAAGACCAUGGACUCUGACAUCCAGGAGGUUACUGAGCAGAUCCAUCGGCUCCUGUUACAGCCGGUACAUAACAGUGGGUCCAGUGGCUACGGCAGUCUGAGCAGAAACGACCACCUUUUGGGCAUGACCUCCUCUAGCGAGAGCCUUGACAACGGCGGUGGGAGCAAGAUGCGACAAAAGGAGGAGGAAGUGAGCGGGAAAGCCAGACCACGAACCUUUCAGGAAAUCUGUAAGGGAAUUCAUCUUCAGAAGAGCCAGGAGCAGCAGACAACCAAACCAGACCACAAGAAAAGCAGUGGCAUAGAGUCUGUACAGAAGAGCCCAGCAGUGGUGCGGCCCAAAGAAUCAGCAGCUCCUAUAAAUUCGAGGGAGUCCGGGGCCACUAUGGAGGAGAGUAGGUCCUUUUUCCAGGAGGACAUGGCCCUCAAUGAUCAGACCGCCUACUCCUACCAGCAGAUCAGCUGUCUGGACAGUGUUGUCAGGUACUUGGAGACGUGCAAUGUCCCCAUCAACAUGAAGAGGAAGUGCCAAUCUUCCUCGAACACCACAUCCUCUAACUCAGAUGACGACAAACAGAAAGCAUCUAACCGCAUGCAGGUGUCUGAAGAACCAGCCUUGUUGAAGGAUCAGUCUGAUCUCUCCGCUUUGGAUGUUCGAGACAAAAAGUCCAGUGACGCGGCCACAGCGGUAGUGGGCACUUCGCUGCCCCUACCUGUACCUAACAAACCAGAAAGUGUGGUGUCCAUAACCAGCCAGUGUAGCUACAGUAGCACCAUAGUGCAUGUUGGGGACAAGAAACCUCAACCAGAGUCAGAAAUCAUAGAGGACAUCCCAGGAACAGGAGAGGCGGUAGAGUCCUGCCAGAACCUCGGGGCUCCUCCUCCUUCUGCUGUUUCACCUCCCAGUCAGGAGAGGGAGUCCUACAAGAAACUGGGUUUGACCAAGCAGGUUCUGGCCGCCCAUACGCAGAAGGAAGAGCAGGCCUUUCUGUUUCGCUUCAAGGAGCUUCGCGGACUGACGGCACUCAAAGCAAACUGCUCUCAGUACCUGGAGCGCCAGAGAGAACAGAUCACCAGCGAUGCUGCACCCGCUGCUCGAUCCUGCAAGCCAGGUGCAGAGCCCACCACACGACGGGGCACACGGAUUAAGAAGACCAAGUCAAAACGAGCGAAGCAGAUCGAGUCCUCAGACAGCACAGUAUCGCACCACAGACAGAAACACCUGCGGCCUCCUCGUCUGAAUCACGGCCUUAACCCAACCUCUUGGUCUCCCUCUGAGACCUCACAGUCAACUUUUCCCAUGGCGUACCCCUCCGUGAUGCCAGGCUACCCCCUCCCCGUUUACCCCAGAGCCAGUUCUGUAGCUCCAUGCACAGACGCCAAUCUACAAGGCUUUAGGGACAACCAGGGCAGCCAGGCCCCUCCCUGCCCAUCGUCCAUCCAGGCUCCUCCCUACACUGCCCCCAUUGUCACCCCCAUUGUGGCUCUAGUGCUGCCCAACUACGUGUACCCUCCAAUGGCCCCUGGGAUGCCACCACCACCACCGCAGCCGGUGUAUCACGCAGAAGCUGGUGGCUUUCCCCCCCAAACCCAGCCUUUUUGUCAGGCUGCUUUUCCAGGCCAGGUCCCCUUCACAGCUCCACCUACCUUCAGUGUCCAGAACCAGUUCACCUCCCAGAACCACUUCGCUCCUCAAGCAGGCUACCUGGCCCCAUCGUUCUACUUCCCUCCAUCCUCGGAAACCCCAAAGGCCCCCAUGGAGGGCCAGUCCCGCUCCUCUACACCGCAGUCUGGAGGAGGUGGAGGCCCGGCGUCACCACCUCUGUUCCAGUCUCGCUGCAGCUCGCCCCUCAACCUGCUGGAGCUCGAGCUGUCCGUGGACAAGCAGGACAGCACAGCGGUCUCCUCUGGAGGACAAGGGAAUAAUGCAGCUGAACGGGAGAAAGGAGCGAGCGGCAACCAGGCCAAAGAGUUGAAGCAGCCAUCUCUCAGUCUCCUUGGUCCACCUGGACCCUUGUAUUGCGAGGGCACGCCAUGUGUCUGUGAGCGUUUGUCUUGGGAUAAAGUGUGCUCUAGGCUGAGGGCUUGCAGCAAAGAGGCGAGUUCACGUGGCGACGGGAACAACAGUGACGUCAACUCUUCGUCCAGCGACAUGUUAGACAUUAUUCUCCAUGAGGACUCCUGCUCAGGCACUGGCUCAGCCACCUCUGGGUCCAUGGGCUCGGGCUCCAAUGGCUGUGGAACUUCAGCCAGCGGGACGUCCAACAGCGGGACCUCUAAGAGCAGGACGUCAGCCAGCGGAGGCUCGGCCAGCGGAACCUCCGGCAGUGGAACAGGAAGCAACAACAGUAGCAAUUACUUUGGCAGCGUGGACUCAUCCCAAAACAGCCAGAAGGUCAACGGUCACUUGAGCAGCAGUGAGGGAAGGCCGAUGGAGAUGGAGCAGAGCGAACAGUUCAUCAAGUAUGUACGGCAGGACCCGCUGUGGCUGCUCACGGCCAACACAGAUGACAAGGUCAUGAUGACCUAUCAGCUGCCCUCGCGUGACAUCCAGAGAGUGCUCAGAGAGGACAGAGAGAAGCUGAGGCUGCUGCAGAAGAACCAGCCACGGUUUUCAGAGGAGCAGAAAAAGGAGCUGAUUGAGGUCCACCCCUGGAUUAAGAAGGGAGGUCUGCCCAAGGCGAUAGACAUCAAGGUGUGCUCCUGCUGUGACAGCGCCUCAGGGGCCGCUGCGGCAGCAGAGGCGGAUCAGCCGGACCUGGACAUCUGCGAUACAGAGACGCGGGUGGUCGGCUGCCAGCGGAGGCCAAUAGAGGAACACACAAACACUGUUGUCAUUUCCUGCCAUGGCCCUUCUGCUGGCUCCAGCUCCCAGACACAACAAGCUAGACAAUAAACUGCUAAAGACUCUCACAGUGACAUUCAUUACCCAUCAGCCUCUUGUUGUGCACGACUGUGAAGAGGGACCUACUUUACAAGGAGCAGGGCCCUUCGCUCUUCACACACAAUUAUUCAUCAGUGUCUCUGUCUUGCCAUCUUUUUUUUUUUAUGAGUUGUACCUGUUUAGACAUCAGUGGAAAACUGGCUUAAACAGUCAAGACUUGUGGAGAAUGUGAAUAUACGUAGAGGACAUCAGUUCUUUUAUUUUAAUAUGCUUAUAAGCUGCAACAUGUAUUUGGUGCCAGCAGUUAGAUCUGGGCUUUAUGAGGACAUACGUUCAUUCAUUCAUUUCUAUGUAGCACUUAACAAUGCGCAGCACCUAGGUGAAGCUUUUUAUAUGCAGAGCCCAAUAAGGAAAAUACAGUAUGUGCUCAUACACCAGGCAGCACAGUGGAGGUCAAACAAACAUCCACCAACUGUAGACAACUUUAUUCACACGCCAGGAAGUGGCUCAGUGGUCUACUUAACUGUCGUGACUAAUGAAUGAAUUCAGUAUUUUUGUGACGCAAUUUCCUCAGUUACAACAACUGAGUUACCAUAACAACUACGUCAGCAUGUAGUGAGGACAGGUGGAGUUAAGUCAACUCGGUUUCAGUCACUCUAGUCAUGCAUAGCCAACAAGCACAAAUGCACUUUGUGGAAGAACAACAUGAACUGUACAUCUGCUCUGUUUGCCCAAAGUAGUUUCUGGUGUUGCAUAUAAUGAGUGGGAGGAAAUUUAAAAGGCAAGAGCUAAGUAUAAUAUAUUUUAAGAAGCACAGAGUAGCAUGAAAUUGACAUUUUAAAGCACAUAUAUGACCCGAUGAAAGCGGUGAAAACAUUUGAGACUUCAGGAAAAGGACAAUCAGAUGCAACACAUACUAUAAGCUACAUUUACUCACCAGCCCAUCAUGUUUUAUUAUUUCUGGAACUUUUCAUUCAGAUUUUAAAAUGUUCUUGUCAUUUGGAGCUAGCUGUGUCUCCUGUUACCUGAUGCAGCUUUAAGUUUUCAUUCUUUAUAUGUAUAUCUAUCAGUUUCUAACUGAAUGUGGCUUUUUUUCUGUAUCACCUGUGAAACCUUCACUGACUUUGAUUUCACAGAUGCCUCCCGUUUAAGGAAAGUUUAUUUAUUGCAUUUCAAAACUUUUGUCUUUGACUCUGAGCAUAUAUAUAUAUAUUUUUUACAAUAACUGUUUCUGUACAAAGAGAUUUGUGGUUUUAAGUUAUGACGGAAAAGUCCAGCUUAAGCAGGACCAAGAUUAUGAAUAUUUACUGUAUAUUUUAUUUUAAAAAAUGUGAGUUGUGUAAUCCACAUUAGGACAAUCCCCACAAAAUAUGUUGUUUACGGUGGGUGAUAAAAAUAAAGUGAGGAGAAUAUUGAUGUUUUCCCCAGUUUUAAAAGUGUGUCACAUAACACUUGAACUGGUCUAAUCUUGGCCCUCAUAAAUAUGGAAAAGAGCAUCCUGUGGAGGAGAGUGAAGCUCAUCACUGUUCAGAACAAACAUGUGGCCACUUCAGAAGUCACAGUUUAGGGUUAUUGCAUGGGUAUAAAGCAGCUCAGACAGAUGUCAAGUGACUGUGUGGAGAGCUUUCCUUCACUUUGAAGCUUAUGCUGUAAUUUUCUCUUCUUGACAACUUGAGCGUUUCACCGAAUUUGUCAUUUGUCUUUCUGUUAUUUGAACUGACACUGACAACCUUUUUGUUUCUUUUUUUAAUGGCAAAUAUUCUGUUAUAUUUGUUAAAAAAUCUCCAAAUAAAAUAUUGCCUAAUUUACAAUGAA